GAGUUAGAGGAAGAGAAUAAUCCAAUGAAAGCAUUAGAAAAUCGUACAAUAGAUUCGAAAAGGGAAAUGGAUAUUUUGGAUGCAUUAGAUGAAAUUAGAACAAGAAAUGCUCGAAACGAACGAGUUGAUGCGGACGCCGUAUUAGAUAAAUUAGUCGAAUCCGAUAAAACAGUUGAAAAAACUGAAGAAGAAAUGUUGAAUGAGGAAGAUGAUAUAUUGGCCAAAUCUAUAUUCCAUACCAUUGAUGGAGAUACUGUUAGAAGGAUUAUUGACGAUGAUGAGCCAGAUCUCUCUCAAUUACUUUCUGAAUCGGCAAAGUCCCUAGAUUUGCCUAAAUUCACGACGUCUUCAUCGUCGUCAUCAACAUCCAAGUCAACGGUAGGGAAACGAAAGGAUCUUGGUUCUGAUCUUGGUAUAGUGAUAAAAAGAAAAAAGCUGGAUACAUCUAAUUCGACAACGAAACCAUCAUCUGUUGAAAAUAGCAAUACGUUAGGUUCUUUGUUGGGAAAUUAUGAAUCAUCAGGCGAUUCAGAUUUUUAUCAUGCGUUAUCAUGGCCACAGUUGUCUUUUGUGGCUGAAGACCAUAAAGGUAGAAUCGUUGGUUAUGUAUUAGCUAAAAUGGAGGAGGAUCGUGAAGAAGAACCGCCACAUGGUCACAUAACGUCCCUCUCAGUCAUGAGAACAUACCGUAGGUUGGGCAUUGCGGAAAAAUUGAUGACGCAGGCUCAAAAAAAUAUGGUCGAGGUGUUCAACGCAAAAUAUGUUUCGUUGCAUGUCCGUAAAAGCAACCGCGCGGCGCUACAAUUGUACAAAGAUACCCUAAAAUUUAGGAUUCAUGAGGUUGAGAAGAAAUAUUAUGCGGAUGGCGAAGAUGCCUAUGCCAUGAGGAAAGAUUUACAAUAA